AUGGGCGAGACACCCAAGUCUGCCAAGGACUUGAAGGUGCGCAAUGUCAGCCUGCACAGCAGGGGAAAGACGGAGAAGGGCACGCUGUAUCUGGCCAGACAUCAUCUCAUCUUCAGCUACCUGCCGAAUACCGCGCCCGGCACAUCAGCUUCGCAACAUGUCGGCGGCAGAGGCUCGUCGAGCCAAGGCACAUCAAGUCCCGCGCCGAGCGUCCGGCAGACUACAUCGCUGGACGACACCGGCUCGCGCAGAGAGUCGCGUGCAGCGACGGGGGCGACGACGGUGCCAGCCCCGCCGAAAGCGCGUCCCAAGGAGGUCUGGAUACCGUACCCUAUGAUCAACCACUGUCUGCUCCGGCCCAGCCACGCACAAGGCAGAAUCUACACCCACGAGGCCUCUCCUGAACAAAGCACCGACUUUGAUGAUUCGGCAUUCCCCCCCGUCUUCGGCACGAAUGCAUAUGCUCGGCCAUCCACGGACUCGGCGCAUCUUGCGCCGUAUUCAUCACCCCAGAGGCCCGCUUCGCCUGCCAAUAAUGCCAGUGGAACAUACUCAAAUGACCGUGGCAGGGCACCUGCUAUUCGCAUCCGGAAAAGAGACUUUCAAAUGAUGGCUUUUCACAUUCACCCUUCGGCUUCGGACAAUUCGCCAGAUGACACUGCACGAGAGGUCUUCUAUUGCUUACGGGCUCGCUGUUGCAUCGAUAAUGUUCGGGACAUGCACGCCUUCCAUUUCACGGCGCCGCAGCAAGAGGCCGUCAUUGGCACACCUCGAUUUGAUGUCAGGCGAGAGUUCUCGCGAAUGGGCAUUGGCGGCAAGGCAGCAGAAGGACCUGGAAGCGCGUGGCGCAUCACCGAUAUCAACAAUGACUAUGAAUACUCGCCGACAUACCCUAAUGUGCUAUGUGUGCCUCGCACAGUCAGUGACAACAUCCUGAAGUACGGUGGCUCCUAUCGCUCGAAAUGCCGAAUACCUGCUCUGACAUAUCUCCACCCAAACGGCGGGAGUAUUACUCGAUCCUCUCAGCCCAUGUGCGGUAUACAGAGCAAACGCAAUGCACAAGACGAGCGAUUAGUCUCGGCGAUCUUUUCCAGCCACUCACCUCCGCUUCUACCUUCUACAGAAAUAGCGACGCAGGCUCCCACAGCUACAUCAUCCGCGACCGCGUCCCAGGAUGCGGACGCCACGUUCCAACAGUCCCGAGACAUGGACGGCCAAUACGACGAGCUUGGGCUUGAUGAGUUUACUGCUGAUGAACGGGAAAGCUCUCGACCAAAAGUAUACGGGAGCACGAGGAGCAACCUGAUAGUUGACGCUCGACCGAGAAUGAACGCACUUGCAAAUCGGGCUACGGGCGGCGGUAUCGAGGAUGUGGCUAAUUACAGUGGACCACCCGGCACUGUGGUCGAGCGAGUAUUUCUGCACAUUGCCAACAUACAUGCCAUGCGAAAGUCGCUAGAUAAGAUCAUAGAGAGCUUCGCGAACUCCGACUACCUGGACAUGCGGCCGAAUCAAGAGCUGCUGCGAAAUUCGGGCUGGCUUGCACAUAUCGCGAAUAUGCUGGCUGGCGCUGAAAUGGUGGCGAAAAGAGUCGGUCUGGGUGGGAGUCACGUCUUAGUGCACUGUUCGGAUGGCUGGGACCGGACCCCACAGAUCGCUGCACUGGCAGAACUGAUGCUAGAUCCAUACUAUCGUUCCCUACAGGGAUUCGUUACUCUCAUACAGAAAGACUUUCUGUCAUUCGGACACAAGUUCAACCACCGGCACGGUAUUCAAGGCACCGAGAAAUGGUUCGACAUUGAAAAUGAGAGAGUCGCACCUUCCCGGACCAAGGAUGCAGGCAGUGCUGAUUCGAAAGGCUUGAAUGCUAUUGGCACCAAAGCGUUGUCUGGAGCCAAGAACUGGUUUGAUAAGAACAGAGGCAGCCUGUUCGGCCCGCAACUAGAUGGCAAGAGUGAUACUGGAUCAAGACCGCCCUCACCGCCACCUAACACAAUACUCCAUUCUACGCCUACUGCCACCACGGAAAGGGACCGGGAGCACAGAACUGACACGAAGGAGAUUGCGCCAAUUUUCCACCAAUUCCUGGACGCCGUCUUCCAAUUACAGUAUCAGUUUCCCGCAGCUUUCGAGUUCAAUGAACGCUUCUUGAAGAGACUUUUCUACCAAGCGCAUUCCGGUCAAUACGGUGAAUUCUUGUUCAACAACGAAAAGGAGAGAGCGGAACACGAAGAGCAGUUCCCCUCUGUGUGGGCACAUUUUCUCUCAAGAAGAGCGGAGUUCGUAAAUUCUGAUUACGUUCCGAAGACAGACGAUCCACUCCUCUUUCCUCGGCGACAAGCUGACGAGAUAGAAGUGAGAUGGUGGUCGGGGCUCUUUAGCCGCAAAGACGAAGAGAUGAACACACCGCGCGCUCUUGCUCCGCCUGACAUUGAUGCCAACAACGGCAUCUCUCCACUCAGCUUGCAGCCGUCUACAGCAUCUCUCGAUGACGGCACUACUACUGAAUCGGCGAAGCUUGUACCUCCAGUCGAGAGCGGAAGUGCUAUCAAUGAGGCGAAAAGCGUACCAAGUUUUGAUUCCAUGAGGGACGGCCUCAAGUCUGCUUUUGCCUCCUUCCAGACGGGGUCCGAUGACCGAGGAGAAGAACAUGCUGCUGUGGCGCCCAUCACAAGCUCGAACGAGAAAGCAGUGCGGCCAAGUCUUGAGCCGCGUGAUACAGACGUGACUGUCCUGGCCAAGUAUGCCGCCAUAUCAGAUUCUUCUGCAGCAUCAACGACUGGCAGCUCGCAUGUCGCGCGCAAAGAUCAGAUGGAUGUCGAGGAUGGUGAUCCGCUGGGCGUGUCUGCGGGCAACAAGAUGCGAGAGAGCUCCAGUAGCAAGCUGGACCCCGGGACAUUCGCUCGACAGAGCGCAUACAGCGACAGUCGAUAG